GACCGGGACCGGACGCACCUGCGGCUCCGCGGCGGCAGCGCCCGAGCCGAUCCUCGCAGCCACAGCGAUGGGGCGUCGCGGGGGCUACCUGGCCCCGCUCUGCCUCCUUCUGCUCCUGCUCCAGGCUGGCGAGCGGCUGUGCGAGCGGGCAGCACCGUGCCAGCCCGGCUUUACCGCAGAGACCUUCACCCUCGCGGUGCCGGGGGGCAGCGUGGCGGCGGGACGAGCGCUGGGACGAGUGAGCUUUGUGGGCUGUGACGGGCAGCGCCGUGCCGUGUUCCUCGUGGACGACCCGCGCUUCAAGGUGAGCAGCGAUGGCCGCGUCGUCACCGCCCGGCCCCUGCAGCUGCGGCAGCACCAGCGCCUCAGCUUCACCGUCCACACCCGCGACGCCGCGGGCAAGAAGCACUCGGCCAGGGUGACCGUGCGCAGGCGGCACCGGCGGCACCAUCACCACCAGCAGCAGGAUGCGGCACCCGACGUGCUGAGCUUCCCCCAGCCCGGCCGUGGCCUCCGGCGGCAGAAGAGGGACUGGGUCAUCCCCCCCAUCAACUGCCCCGAGAACGAGCGCGGGCCCUUCCCCAAGAAGCUGGUGCAGAUCAAAUCCAACAAGGACAAGGAGACGAAGGUUUUCUACAGCAUCACGGGGCAGGGGGCCGACACCCCCCCCGUGGGCGUCUUCACCAUCGAGCGGGAGACGGGGUGGCUGGAGGUGACGAAGCCGCUGGACCGGGAGGAGAUGGAUAAAUACACGCUCUUCUCCCACGCGGUGUCGGCCAACGGGCAGCCCGUGGAGGACCCCAUGGAGAUCAUCAUCACCGUGACGGACCAGAACGACAACCGGCCUGUCUUCACCCAGCAAGUCUUUGUCGGCUACAUCGAGGAGAACGCGAAGCCGGGCACGUCGGUGAUGACGGUGAACGCCACGGACGCGGACGACGCCAUCAACGUGAACAACGGCAUCAUCGGCUACUCCAUCCUCAGCGAGGAGCCCAGGAGCGCGCAGCAGAUGUUCACCAUCGACCCCGAGAAGGGCAUCAUCAGCGUCAUUGGCACCGGGCUGGACCGGGAGACCACUCCCAACUACACACUGAUCAUCCAGGCUGCGGACCAGGAGGGCAGCGGCCUCACCAACACCGCCACGGCCAUUGUGGAAGUCACCGACGCCAACGACAACCCGCCCAUCUUCGACCCCACCACGUACAAAGGGAUAGUGAAGGAGAAUGAGGUGGGGCUGGUGGUGGCCCGGCUGCACGCCACGGACCAGGACCUGCAGGGCUCCCCUGCCUGGCAGGCCGUGUACCGCAUCAGGAGCGGCGACCAGGACGGCGACUUCACCAUCACCACCGACCCCAAAACCAACGAUGGCAUCCUGAAAACAGCCAAGGGCCUGGACUACGAGAGCAAGAGCCAGUACAACCUGGUGGUGACAGUGGAGAACGCCGUGCCCCUCACCGUGCCCCUGCCGCUCUCGACCGCCAACGUCCUGGUGGUGGUGGAAGAUGUGAAUGAGGCGCCCGUCUUCGUGCCCCCGGUCAAGAGGGUGGAGGCGAGCGAGGACCUGCCGCUGGGGCACGAGGUCACCUCCUACACGGCCCAGGACCCCGACAGGGACCAGAGGCAGAAAAUCACGUACCGCAUGGGCAGUGACCCCGCGGGCUGGCUGGCCAUCGACCCCGAGAACGGCAUCGUCACGGUGGCACAGCCGCUGGACCGGGAGUCACCGCACGCCAUCAACAGCACCUACAAGGCCAUUGUCCUGGCCGUGGACAACGGGGUGCCGGAUGCCACCGGCACGGGGACGCUGCUCCUCUUCCUCCAUGACGUGAACGACAACGGGCCCACGCCGGAGCCCCGCAACUUUGACAUCUGCAACCGGCAGCCUGAGGAGCAGGUGCUGAACAUUGUGGACAAGGACCUGCCCCCCAACACCUACCCCUUCCAAGCCGCGCUGGAGUAUGGCUCUGGGAGCAACUGGACGGUCAGAGUGAAGGAUCGAGACCUGCUGGCGCUGAGGCUGACCAAGGAGCUGGAGCCAGGGGAGUACAACGUGUUCCUGAAGCUGACGGACGGGCAGGGCAAGGCGCAGAUGACACCGGUCAAAGCCAUAGUGUGCGACUGCGAAGGGCCAGCCAAGAACUGCGAGCGCCGGGCGUACGUGGUGGGAGGCCUGGGCGUGCCGGCCAUCCUGGGCAUCCUGGGGGGCAUCCUGGCACUGCUGAUCCUGCUGCUGCUCCUGCUGCUCUUCGCCAGAGGCAGGAAGGUGGUGAAGGAGCCGCUGCUCCCGCCCGAGGACGACAUGCGGGACAACGUCUACCACUACGACGAGGAGGGUGGUGGUGAGGAGGACCAGGACUAUGACCUGAGCCAGCUGCACCGGGGCCUGGAUGCACGCCCAGAGGUGAUCCGCAACGACGUGGCCCCCACGCUGAUGCCGGCCCCCCAGUACCGGCCCCGGCCUGCCAACCCCGAUGAGAUCGGCAACUUCAUUGACGAGAACCUGAAGGCGGCCGACACAGACCCCACGGCCCCACCAUACGACUCCCUGCUGGUGUUUGACUACGAGGGCAGCGGCUCGGAGGCCACUUCGCUCAGCUCCCUCAACUCCUCCGCCUCGGACGGUGACCAGGACUACGACUACCUCAACGACUGGGGCAGCCGCUUCAAGAAGCUGGCGGAGCUCUACGGCGGCGGGGAGGAGGAGGACUAGGAGCCCCCAGCGCCAGGGCUGGCCUGGCCGGCCGCUGCCUGCUCGGCAGCUCAGCUCACUUCACCCCCCUGGGCCCACAUCGAUCUUUGCCUGGGGAGGUGGCUGAACACUCCCCCAACACCUCUCAACCUGGUGUCAGUUUCCCCCUGAGCCAGUGCAGGGGAAGCUGAGGGUCACCGGGGCUGAGGGGGGGUUUUGGGGAGCCGUUGUUUCCUGGCCCUCCUCAGCUCCCGCCAGGACACGGAACCCUUCUGUCCUUCCCCUGCUCUGGGCUGCGUGGGCCAGGACCUGCUUCUCCUCCCCGGCAGGGAUGGGCUCCACCACCUCCCUCCCUUUUCUGGGGAGGAAAAAGGUUUCCGUGGCCCCCUGAAAUACCUCGUGCUCCGGGCCCACCGUGCUGCUGGCGUCAGGGCGGGCGGGGAGAGGCGAUGGAUAAACCACAGCCCAAAGCUGUGCCGCCAACGAGCUCGUGCAGGCAGAUUCCUGCUUCUCUGCAUCCCCAGGUUCUGAUGUGAUUUCCCUCUGUCUUGUGCCAGGUGUAAUUGUUGGUGCAGGCAAUGAAAGGCGCUUCUGGAAAUCAAAGGGCUUUGACUGAAAUCCUGAACUCUGUGUUUUGCUGUUGUGGGGGUUUGUUGUUGUUUUUUUAUCGGGGGGGGGGGAGGAAAGGGUGCGAUGUGGGCUGGGAACCCAGCACCGGGCUGGUUAGUGAUUGAUUGUUUGGUUUUUAUAUUAAAUGGAAAUAAUAAUAAAUUGUUCUGAGAAAAC